AGCAGCAUCUGAUUACACGGAGACGCCAGGAGGCAUCGGAGGGGGAGGACGCACUCGGUACCAGCCCGCAGAAACAGCUUCUAAUUCCCCUCCGAGGAAGAACAAACACUUCUCUCUGCUCUUUAUUCCUUCUUCCCAUCCAGGAAGUAAAAAGUCCACUUUUAACGGAGGCAGCAAAAGAAACGAGCAACUGAACAAGAACGUGGAGCGACAUUUUUUUUUUUUAUUUUUUUUUUUAUUUACAGCGCCUGGAUCGCUGUCAUCGUAUAAAUGGCCGAGGGGGGCCCGACGACGAGACAACUAAGCAACAUGUCGCAGUUUGUGGAGGCGUAGAAGUCGGAGUUUAAUUUUGUUUUCUGCAGCUGCUGCUGCUGGAGGAGUUUGAGUUCGGGUUGUGACUCCACGUCGGAGCCAAACAGGCCCGUGGAGACAAAGCCUGUCUUCUGUUGGGACAUCUGUCCGUGUCUGUUUUCGUCUCUGUUAAGUCUUUUCUGCAGCCGCCAUCAUUCCGUGCUGCAAGGCCGACCCCAACAUGUCUUCCAAUGGAGACCUCAGCGACCUGGGGAGCUCGAACAGCUUCUGGGAGCCGGGGAACUACAAGAGGACGGUGAAGCGCAUCGAUGACGGCCACCGGCUCUGCAACGAGCUGGUCAGCUGCUUCCAGGAGAGGGCCAAGAUCGAGAAGAGCUACGCCCUUCAGCUGAGCGACUGGUCCAAGAGGUGGAGGGGCGUCGUGGAGAAAGGGCCUCAGUACGGUACACUGGAGAAGGCAUGGCACGCCUUCAUGCAGGCGGCCGACCGCCUCAGCGAGCUGCACCUGGAGCUCCGGGAGCGUCUGGCGGCCGAGGACAGCGAGAAGGUGCGCGUCUGGCAGAAAGACGCCUUCCACAAGCAGAUGAUGGGAGGCUUCAGGGAGACCAAGGACGCAGAUGACGGCUUCCGCAAAGCCCAGAAACCCUGGGUCCGCAAACUGAAGGAGGUGGAGACCAGUAAGAAGAGCUACCAUCAGGCCAGGAAGGACGAGUGGACGGCGGCCAACAGGGAGACGCACGCCAAGGCCGACACGACCAAGUCGCAGGAGGAGGUCCGCAAAUACACGGCCCGGGUGGAGCGCUGCAACCAGGAGUCUGAGAAAGCGAAGGAGCGCUACACAAAGGCCCUGGAGGAGCUGAACCGCUGUAACCCUCGCUACAUGGAGGACAUGGAGCAGGUGUUCGACCUCACCCAGGAGGCCGAGCGCAAGAGGCUGCGCUUCUUCAAGGACGUCCUGCUGGACAUCCACACGCACCUGGACCUGUCCUCCAAGGACAGCUUCAGAGACCUGUACCGGGACCUGGGCCAGACGAUCCGAGCGGCCAACGACGCCGAAGAUCUCCGAUGGUGGAGGAACACCCACGGGCCGGGAAUGAGCAUGAACUGGCCUCAGUUUGAGGAGUGGUCUCCGGAGACGAGUCGCUCCAUCAGCAGGAGGGAUCGAGGUCAACACUCUGAGGAGAACGUGGUCACCCUCACCAACAUCAUCUCCUCGGGAGGAGGCGACGUCCCGCCCAGUCCCAUCACGGUGGACGCCAGCAGGGUGAAAGAUUACUCCUCAGACUGGUCAGACGAGGAGAGUCCUAAGAAGGUGCUGGCGCAGAACGGCGUGGGGGAGGCGGAGGACGAGGAGGAGAAGGUAGAGCCGGUGCAAGUCCGAGCGCUCUAUGAUUACACGGGCCAGGAGGCCGACGAGCUCAGCUUUAAAGCAGGAGAGGAGCUGUUGAAGAUGGGAGAGGAAGACGAGCAGGGCUGGUGUAAAGGUCAGCUGACCAGCGGCCAGGUCGGCCUCUACCCGGCCAACUACGUCCAGGUCCUGGACUCCUGAUGCCCCCCAACCCCACCCAACCCCAACCCCGUCCUCACUGCCCAGACAACCAAUGGUAAAACUACUCUUAAGACCAACCAGGACCAAUCGAGAGAACUAAGAGGACGCUCUGAGUUCUGACCUGUGAAACCAGACGUGUUUUGGUAACCGACUGUAAAGACUUUUUUUUUUUUUUUUGUCUGUAGCUUGAGCUACAUUUUUGGAAACCAGCCAGUUUGUUUACUCAGCUUGACGUCAGCUGACUGAAGGACUGUAGAAAGUCAAGGACGGAUAAUCUGUCACGUCACCUGUCGAUUGGUGACGGGACGCCUCGUCAAACUCUGGAUUUACUUUUUGUUUUUUAACCGGCGUUUUCUGAAAAAAAAAAAAAAAAAAAUCAGCAUUUAAUAAGAGAAGAGUUGGGUGGAGCUGGACGGACGUCGACGAGCAGCAGCCACCACAGCGCGAUCAUCACAAAACACGAUAAAACCUGUUCUUUUUUAAGACCUAGUCGGACGUUUUGGGUGAUGUCUCACUGCAUUUUUCAUAAAAAAGUGAUGCCACAAACUGAUUAGCUUAGCAUAAAGACGAAAAACUAGCUAGCUCAUUGUCAAACAUCUUUAAAGAUCAUUGAUUAACACAUCUGGAGUUUUAGCUUCAUUCUAAGCUAAGCUAUGCUAAGCUAGUCUAGGCUCGUGGCUGUAGAUUCCACAUUACCCAAAAUAUAGAACAUUUACCGCCAUACUACUUAUUUUAUAAAUCAAUUUAUAACACAAAGUUUUAAUUUAAUUAGAAAAGUUUUUCAGUUUUUUUAGUUUUCUUGGAUCUUGCAGCCCCUAGUGGUUGUCUAAAGAACUGCAACUUUCCCCAAUCUGUUGCGUUCUGCUGUGGCGGCUGCUGCCUAAAUUAGUUAAAAAGUUAAUUAAAAAGUUAAACAAAAAAAUAAAAAAAAUAAAUCAGUGCCUUAGUCUGUGAGGCAAAAAGUGAGCAGCGCCACCCUGCUGUCUGACCGAGGAACUGCGACCAGCUGGUGGAUUGACUUCUAUUGUUAAGGUCGACCCGGUCGUUAAGCUCAACAUCUUGUGUUAAUUGUUUUUCUUUAGAUUUUUAGACACUGAAUCCAUUUUCUUCCCAUUUCUUUUAAAUUUUUACGUUAUUUUUUUUUUUAAAUAGCUGUUUAUUUCUAGCUACCUGAUUCUGAACAUGGACACAUUUUCAACCUAUUUCUUUUUUAAUUUACAGUGUCAACUUAAUUACUUUCUAAUUUAUUUUCCUCUUUUAAUUUUAGUAAUCAUUCAUUUUGAUGUAGACGGACUAAAGCGGGGGAAGGGGUGUAAAGUUAGCUUCAGCUCAUAUAACCUGCGGAACGGGGCUCGUUUCUAGUUUAUGUCGAUCUGCUGGGAUCACGGCACCUCGGCCUCGUUAAAGAAGUCUCAGCCUUUUGUCUGAAGAUGUCGGGUUUGGGGUUUUUUCAUGUUUAAGUUUGUGGUUUGUUAGUGAGGGAGCCUCCUCUGUCGCUACAGCUAACCCAGAUAGACUUUCAACAAUCAUAAGAGAUUUAUACUAGAGAACUUAACGCUCCUGCAACGAUUCUUUGCUUUUUCUUUCCAAAACUGUAACAUGUACCGGACAUAGAAUUGGGAAGCGACAAUAAAAAAAAAAAAAAAAAGCUUUCUGCAGCUGGAAGUUUUACAGA